GGGCCGAGCCUGGCUCGGACUCUGAGCCUGUGAUAAACGUGCUGCUCCCGCAGUUUCGAUUAUGCUGAGGGCGUUGUCAACUUCUGGUAAGGCGUCCCCAGGACCCCAUCUUUUUUCCCUUUACAAAGCAAGAAUCCAGAGAUGUUUGGACUUUCUUGGCGCCCAAAACAUAGUCCCCAAAUUUGACUAACGGCCAGUGUGGUGGGAUUUAAAUCCUUCCUCCGUGAAGUCCUACCUUUCCUUCCUUGCCCACCAUAGCAGAGUCUCCUAGUAAAGAGGGGACUUGACCCUCCCGGUAGGCAAGAGUCCCUACUCCCUACCUUCGGCACAUUCACUCUCUCAGGUCUCUCUAAAGGGAGCUGAUGGCCUCCACCCUACCCUAGAGGCCCUUCUCCCAAAGGAGCAUUCCAGAAAACCCAAUCUUGCUGCCGAGAAGAGCCUGGAAUCCUUGAUCUAAAUCAGUGAAAAAUCCCACUGAACUAUGGGUAAGGCAUUCUCCCAGCUCACCUCUCAGAAGGAUGAGGACAAGUCUAUCCUACCUGAUAACCCCGCCAUGGCCAGCAAGGCUGCCAACUACUUCAGCACUGGUAACAGAAAACCAUCACACUCCUGUGUGCCUUGUGAAAAGGCUGCGAGUACCAGCUUUGUGACUUGUCCUACCUGCCAAGGCAAUGGGGAGAUCCCCCAAGAGCUAGAGAAGCAGCUGGUGGCCCUCAUCCCUUAUGGAGACCAAAGGCUGAAGCCCAGACGCACGAAGCUCUCUGUGUUCCUGGCCGUGACCAUCUGCCUGCUGAUUUUCUCCCUCACCAUCUUUUUCCUGUAUCCACGGAACAUUGUUGUGCAUCCUGUAGGCCUCAACUCCUCUACAGUCGCCUUCGAUGAAACUCAUGUACAGCUCAACAUGACGAAUGUCCUGAACAUCACCAACAGCAACUUCUAUCCCGUCACAGUGACACAGCUGACGGCCGAGGUGCUCCACCAGACCUCUGUGGUAGGCCAGGUUACCAGCAGUCUCCGCCUGCACAUUGGCCCUUUAGCCAGUAAGCAGAUGCCUUACGAAGUUGCCAGCAGGAUUUUGGAUGAAAACACAUACAAAAUCUGUACAUGGCCGAAAAUCAGAGUCCACCAUAUCCUUGUGAAUAUCCACUACCCUUCGAGAGCUUCGAAUAUGUGGACUGCAGAGAAAACAUGUCAAUGCCCCAUCUGGAGCUCCCUCGCCCAGCCUGAUCUGUCUGCUGCCCUUCUACACCAGGCACCUGCAAGCGGGUCUGCAGCUCCGCUCCAUGGAGCUCUAGGAAAGUAGUGACUGUGUUGAAGGAAACGUCCUGCUUUUGUCUGUGCCUUCCCCUAACACCCUCAGCGCAUGGAGCUCCUGUAACAAUGUCCUAGUUCCUGAGUCCUCAGAUCCCCAGGAAUCACUUGUGAUGAGUGUCAUCGUGCAGACAGGAUGUUAUGUCAUCGUGGUUUGUGUGUGGAAGAAUGGCUAACUUGACAUUGUCUUGGGACUGAGCAUGUUGGUUACCCAGCUCCACCCGGGUGGGUCUUCAGUUGGAAUGUAGUUCUAGCUACACUUCACAACAUGGAUGGAUCUUUUUCAAGUUUUCCUCUCAGUAAUAAGUGGCUUUCCGGACAUCCAGUGCUGUGUCCGCGGUCGUCUUAGGUGACUAUAAAUGUUCUCCUGUGCUGUUCUGCUUUGGCCAUUUGAUAAUGAUGGUGAUGGCCUGGUUCUCUCAGUGAAAGGUGGACAGUAUGGUCCUCAUCCUUCCUGGUUCAGGACACUGUCCCUGGUUUCUAGGAAGGCAGAUUACAGCAUCUAAACCUCUCUGUAGAACAGCUCUAAUGCUGUCUUCACAGCAGAAGCCAAGUAGCUGAGGGGGAGCCAUCUGGUCUACCUUAGAGCAAAGGCAGAGCCAUUUGAGGUAGUCUUUAUUAAAGGAAAAUGUCUAAGCCUGUGUGAGUGGACACAGGACAGGCAGUUGAGUAGGCCCAGGGGCUCUGUUCAGAAAGCCUGAAGGACAUAAGCUAUUGAUAUCAGGCCAACGCUGUGGGGCUCUCGUAUAUUCUCUGCACCAGGCCCACUCGGUUCCCGAGGCCUCUGCCGUCCUCUGGGAUGUGACUGUGAAGAGUGACAGAUUCACCAGAUUUUUUCCUUCCUUGCCCGUCACUACACUGGAGCCAAGCCACAGGUAACUCCCAGUUUUUUACUGAACCCCAGGUAGAGAUGUCUGUGUUGUGGGAGAGCAGAAACAUGUGUUCUCUGAAGCCAUCCUUUGCUGGCGAAAGGCCACGUGGUUGGGGAAGUAAGGCUGAAUUUGAAGUAAGGAUGCAAGGAAACGAUGGUGCCAGUACUGUCCAACUAGCCUGGGGAUACAAGGAGGGAGAGGAAGUCUGUUGUCACCGAGCUUUCCCUCCUGGGUAGCCAGGGUUAAGAUGUACCAACAAAACUGAGAUCGAAGUGUAUAAACCAACAAAUGUAAAAGAUUUCUAACAAUAAAUUGUUAUUUAGCCAUGCUGAA